CAGAUAAAUACGGCACACUCGCCUCACGUUUUCUGAGACAUUCCUCAACUGCUUAGACAUAUUCUGAGCCCGCAGCAGAGGAAUCUCCAGUCUCAGCACCAUGAAUCAAACUACCAUUCUGAUUUGCUGCCUUGUCUUUCUGACUCUAAGUGGCAUUCAAGGAAUACCUCUCUCAAGAACUGUACGCUGUACCUGCAUCAGCAUUAGUAAUCAACCUGUUAAUCCAAGGUCUUUAGAAAAACUUGAAAUUAUUCCUCCAAGUCAAUUUUGUCCACAUGUUGAGAUCAUUGCUACAAUGAAAAAGAAGGGUGAGAAGAGGUGUCUGAAUCCAGAAUCUAAGGCCAUCAAGAAUUUACUGAAAGCAGUUAGCAAGGAAAGGUCUAAAAGAUCUCCCUAAAACCAGACGGAAACAAAGUGCUGCCAAGGAUGGACCACACAGAGGCUGCCUCUCCCAUCACUUCCCUACAUGGAGUAUAUGUCAAGCCCUAAUUGUUCUUAGUUUGCAGUUCCACUAAAAGGUGACCUAUCAUGGUCACCAACUCAGCUGCUCCUACUCCUGUAGGAAGGUCAAUGUUCAUCAUCCUAAGCUACUCAGUAAUAACUCUACCCUGGUACUAUAAUGUAAGCUGUACUGAGGUGCUAUCUUCUUAGUGGAUGUGCCAAGUCCUAACCCUGCUUCCAGUAUUUCCCUCACCUUUCCCAUCUUCCAAGGGUACUAAGGAAUCUUUCUGCUUUGGGGUUUAUCAGAAUUCUCAGAAUCUCAAAUAACUAAAAGGCAAUCAAAAUGAUAAUACAAUCUGCUUUUUAAAGAAUGCCCUUUACUUCAUGGACUUCCACUGCCAUCCUCCCAAGGGGCCCAUAUUCUUUCAGUGGCUACCUACAUACAAUUCCAAAUACAUACAGGAGGGUAGAAAUAGCUGAAAAUGUAUGUGUAAAUAUUCUUAUUUAAUGAAAGACUGUACAAAGUAGAAGUCUUAGAUGUAUAUAUUUCCUAUAUUGUUUUCAGUGUACAUGGAAUAACUUAUGUAAUUAUGUACUAUGUAUCAACGAGUAACAGGAAAAUUUUAAAAAUACAGAUAGAUAUAUGCUCUGCAUAUUAUGUAAGAUAAAUGUGCUGAAUGGUUUUCAAAAUAAAAAUGAGGUACUCUCCUGGAAAUAUUGAGAAAGACUAUCUAAAUGUUAAAAGACCAAAAGGUUAAUAAAGUAAUUAUUAACUAAGA